CGCGAUCGGUCUCUUUGAUUUUCGUGUUUGACAGUCAAAGGGGAGGCGACGGCGACUAUACGGGGUUGAGGUAUUUCUACGAGUGGAGGGUCGAGGCGGACAGACACAGACAUCCGGUCUUUGGAACGACAGAAACGGACGCGACCCAUCUCGGAAUAGCAACUAUGCCGUCACCGUCAGAGACAACCGAACUCGUAUCGGAAACGACAAACACCGCGACCACCGCUAUCGCCACGGACACGAGCGCACCGGCGCCAGAAACAGAAAAAGAUGGGCUUCCGGACUGGUUGAAGCCUGGCGUAAGUACUGGGAUUCACAUGGGUGUGCGUUUGGUGCUUCUCGUACUGAACACGUUUCUUGGGUGUUGCGCGCUCAUGCAACUCGUGGUACCGCACUUUGCGGUUCUGUUUGUUUUGUCGCUUGGGUUGACAGCGAGUUACUUUUGGUUUGUGUAUGAGCUCGGGAAAAUUCCCGAGGUGGCUGCUUCGGAGGGUGGAACACAAGCAGGGUCGGGGGGCGCUGGUGAGAAAAAAGAAAAGUCGUCAAAGGACAAAGAGGAAGUGAAAAAGGACUUGUGACCUACUGAGAGAGUCGUCAGCAUUUUGCGCUGUUGUUGCACCGGAGGUAAUGGAGGAGGAUAGAGGAGGUUGGUAAAUAAACUGUUGCAACCAGGAGCUUAGAUGGCAAAAGACUUAUGUUUUCCCCUUGCGAGAUGGGGCUUUGACAAGAAUAAAGACCAGGCAGCAACGCUGAAUUCUUUUAGGGAUUUCCA